UUGUUUUCCUUCAGAAGCGGAGCCUGUUGAACUUUUUCAUUGAAUUUAAUCAAUUUUACAAAGUUAAAUGAAUGUGCUUACUAUUCUUUUUAUUAUAAGUGCAAUUUGCGGUCUUGACUCCUUUAAAACAGCCAUCGUUCCCAAUGAGUUUAUUGUUCAUUUCCGAUUCAAGUACUUUGCGCCGGUUCGAGAAUCCUAUAUCGCAGCAAAACUACUUGGUUCAAACAAAACAAACUGGAAAAUUAUUCCACGUACAAAUUUAGCUUGGCAAUAUCCUAGCGAUUUCGAUGUCCUAAGAGUUUUGGCCGAAGACAAAACAGCGGCAAAGCAUAUUAUAGAAAGGGUUAAAUCUCACCCAUCGGUGAAGGCAGUAGUCCCCCAACGAAGUGUACGACGGAUCCUGAACUAUAACCCGUACAGCAACUACACCAAUAUAAAACGUAAUCCAAAGGGAGUUUUGAGGAAUAGUAACUCAAAUAACGAUAGACACCGACAAUUGUGCUCGGUCCUGCAUGCCAAUGUCCUUUGGAAACUGGGUAUCACAGGCGAAGGAGUCAAAGUGGCUAUUUUCGACACUGGUCUGACCAAAAAUCAUCCACACUUUCGAAACGUAAAGGAACGAACGAAUUGGACAAAUGAAAAGUCACUGGACGACAAAGUAAGUCAUGGCACCUUCGUCGCCGGGGUAAUCGCAUCCUCCAGAGAAUGCCUGGGCUUUGCUCCUGACGCUGAUCUUUUCAUAUUCAAAGUCUUCACGAACUCUCAGGUCUCUUACACUUCCUGGUUCUUGGAUGCCUUUAACUACGCGAUAUACAGGAAAAUAAACAUACUCAACCUCAGCAUUGGUGGCCCUGACUUCAUGGACUCGCCGUUCGUUGAAAAGGUUUUGGAACUGUCUGCCAACAAUGUCAUAAUGAUAUCGGCAGCCGGAAACGAUGGUCCCCUUUAUGGAACGCUGAACAAUCCCGGCGACCAAAGCGAUGUGAUUGGCGUGGGCGGUAUUCAGUUCGAUGACAAAAUCGCCAAGUUUAGUUCACGAGGAAUGACCACCUGGGAACUUCCUCUGGGCUAUGGGAGAUUGGGACUCGAUAUAGUCACCUACGGCAGUCAAGUGGAAGGAAGUGAUGUGCGCAAGGGCUGUAGACGUCUCUCCGGAACUUCCGUCUCCUCUCCAGUUGUUGCAGGCGUAGCAGCACUGCUCAUAAGUGGGGCUUAUCAAAAAAUCGAUGUGAUAAAUCCAGCUUCCCUGAAGCAGGUGCUCAUUGAAGGUGCCGAAAAGCUUCCGCACUAUAACAUGUUCGAGCAGGGAGCGGGAAAACUAAACCUGUUAAGGAGUAUGCAGCUUCUGCUGUCUUAUAAGCCGAAGAUAAGCCUUAUUCCAACUUUCCUCGAUUCUACUUUAAACUAUAUGUGGCCGUAUAGCUCUCAGCCCUUGUAUUAUGGAAGCUCAGUGGCUAUUGCAAACGUUACAAUACUCAAUGGCAUUUCGGUUACCAGUCAUAUCGUUGGCACACCAAAAUGGAUUCCGGAUCUCGAUCAUCAUGGUCAACUACUUCAAAUAUCAACACAAUUCUCCCCUAUCUUAUGGCCGUGGACCGGAUGGAUGGCUGUAUUCACAGCUGUUAAAAAAUCUGGAGAAAACUUUGAAGGAGUUUGUAAGGGAAGUAUUACUUUAGUUGUGGAAAGUUUUAAAGAGUCAGCGAACGAAACUCACUUAACAGAAGUCGAGUUUCCGCUAACAAUAAAAGUUACGCAAAAACCUCCAAGAAACAAAAGGAUACUGUGGGACCAGUACCAUAGCUUAAGGUAUCCACCGCGAUACAUACCACGUGAUGAUCUGAAAGUUAAAUUGGAUCCUCUGGACUGGAGGGCAGACCAUAUACACACAAACUUCAAAGACAUGUAUACACAUUUACGAAAUGUUGGCUACUAUAUUGAUGUUCUGCGGGAACCUUUCACCUGCUUUAACGCCUCAGAUUAUGGCGCAUUAUUGAUUGUCGACCCUGAGAAAGAGUUUGCCGACGAAGAAAUAAACGCUCUAAAAGAAUAUGUUUAUAAUAAGGGUCUGAAUGUUGUUGUGUUCGGAGAUUGGUACAACACAACGGUGAUGAAGAAAAUAAAGUUCUUUGACGAAAACACCCGGCAAUGGUGGACACCUGACACUGGCGGCGCCAAUAUUCCCGCCUUGAAUGAUUUGCUGAAGCCAUUUGGAAUCGCUUUUGGCGAUUUUGUCGGAGAGGGACACUUUAAGCUGGGCGACCAUUCAAUGUACUACGCAAGUGGCGCUGCACUUAUUAAAUUUCCAAUGAAUCCAGGAGAUAUCUUAGUAGGAACAAAGCUAAACGAUCAAGGACUUUCGAUAAUUAAUUCUAAGACACCCAACAAAGAGGCCAAGAUAGAUGUGCCCAUUUUCGGCAUGUUUCAAACCAAGGCCAACAGUAUUGAAAGUGACGAGGAAAUCAUGAGCAAUGCAGAAAGCAAUUUGGUUGAGAUCAUACCCACAGACUACGUGGCAAUUAAAAACAGGGUCUUGCUAUUACGAAAAAAGGAGCAAAGUAUAAAUUUCGCCAAUAUCAAUAAUUAUCAAACUAAUAGUGAAGGACGAAUAGCCGUAUAUGGAGACUCUAAUUGUCUGGAUUCAACGCAUCUGGAGAAGGCCUGCUACUGGCUAUUGAUCACAUUCUUAGAUUUUGCCAUAAACUCACACAAAUCUAGCUUACUGCAGAACCUAAAUCGAAUAUCGGAAUUUCACAAACAAAAAAGAGCCCCUUUACCUCUUAGGAUAUCAACUAAAAACUCAAAACCAGGAUCCCAAAACAAUAUCUGUGAAAAAUUUGACUGGCUUAUCGCAACGAAACGUAACGACAUCGUUGAAGAGAAAGAAUCUUCUAUUCUGGAAGCGGUUACAAUAGACAGUGAAGAAAAUGAGAUCAAUGUUAUUCAAAAAUUGCUGGAUGUGGAAAUCACAAAAUUGUCCCAAAACAAUGACUAUUUUACAGGCAGCCAAGAGACCGAUAGUUUAAGAACUCCGAUUAUAUUUAUGAUUAGUUUGAGCUUAAUUGUUAUUAUAUUAUUUGUUUUAUUCAUAAAGCGUCGAUUUAUUUUGUAAAUAAAUAUAAUGUUU